AUGAAUGGCUCCCUGCCUCCCGUUUCUUCCAUUCCCUCGACUACCUCCACCAUCAACAACACCACAACCACAGCAACAACCUCUUCUACUUCCACGACCGCCAACAACACCACCACGACAACACCCACCCCUACCAUUUCUUCUUCGUCUUCCUAUAAAAACAAGUUUAAACCUCGAAAAUCCGAGGAUUGGACUUCUUAUCGGGAGAUCAUUCAAAGUCUUUACCGCGAUGAUCACUUGAAGCUCCGUGAUGUGAGGCAAUAUAUGCUCGAAAAUUAUAGCUUUGAAGCAUCAGAAAAACAAUACAAAGACCGCCUGGCCGCGUGGAAUGUUCGCAAAAACAUCAAGGCCAAAGAAGUCCAUAUCAUGCUCCGCAAGCAACAAAGGCGAGCUGCAGAGGGCAAGCGGACGGCGUUUCGAGUGGCUGGCAAGACGGUCGACACGAAGCGCAUCUCCCGCUUUGUCCGUAGAUAUGGCAACCACUGGGAGUUGGAUGAUCCUCGUGAGAGCGUCCAUCCAAAUACCAUCCACCCGAGCGUGGAGAAUCAACCAGCGAUUCCGCAAACGCAGCAAGAGUUACACCAAAAUCUUCCCACCAGCCCUGAGCCAGAGACCCCUACAGACAUCGAAUACUACACACCGGAGCCCGAUGAGAGAGCUAUGACCCUGUCGCCCUCGACCGAAACGCCAUCUCGUUUUCACGAUGAAAAGCUCAAGCUCGAGCCACUCCCCGAGCCGGAAGUGGACCAUGCCCAACCUCUACCGGUUUCACCUACUCCCUCCGCGCCACCCAAGCCGCUAUCCAAUGCCCUCCCUGACGAAGACUACUGGAAGGCGCUCGAUGUGUUUCAAGGCCAACUCUUGACUCUGUCCAGGACCCUUGACCAGACCAUGUCUCAGUUCACUUCUCCGCAUGACGAUCUAUCACAGUAA